AUGGCGCUGAAAAAGCUGCUGGAAGAGCAUCAGCUUGAAGUUGAUCUUGCCGAUUCCGGUGAAAGUGCAAUUGAAUUCCUCAAGAAAGCCAGCGUGGAUGUGAUUUUCAUGGAUCACACCAUGCCCGGCAUGGAUGGGCUGGAAGCUGUAUCCGCGAUCAAAGCCAACCCCAAAACCGCAACCAUCCCGGUCAUGAUGUACACCACCAAGGAAGGGGAGGUCUAUGUUGGGCAGGCGCGGGCGCUGGGUGCUGUGGGUGUGUUGCCCAAAAAUGUGCAGCCGCAUCAACUGUUCGAAAUGUUGCUCAAUCUGGGGCUGGUCAAAGAGCGGCGCGAUACCGCUGAACGGCAAGAACCCGACACCUACGUGCUCGACGACGUAGAUCGCUCUUUAGAGGCGCAGGCGCAAGGCAUAGCGGUGCAGAACCUGGUUACCCGGAUUCUUGAAGACCAGCACCUCACGUUGCGUGCGGAUAUUCUGCGCAGUCAACGCAGUUUUGCUAAAGAAGUGGUGCAUGAGCUGCUCAAAGAGCAGGCGUUGCAGAAAGCAGAAGAACUCUCUGAUGAAGAUGAGGUCCCCGAGCCUGCUACAAAGCUAAGUGGCUGGUGGCUGCGCGCAGCGCUGUUUGUUGCGCUGGUGGUGGCCUGCUUUCUGGCGUUCCAGUUCAAACUGCAGCGUGACGGAGCAGUUGCACAGCUGGCCCAGGCUGAAGCCGCUAAGGUUGACCUUGCCGCUGCAAGUCGGGCAGCGCUGCAGGCGGAUAACAGUGCGGCUGAACAGCAGAUUCAGCAGGUUCGGCAGAGCGCACUGCAAGGCCUGGCUGCGACGCUGAAUGUGAACACAGAUGUGCCGAUGUUCGCCCCGGCGUUCAGCGCCAAUUUAGCUCAGCGGUUGUCUGACGUUUUGCCGUUUCUGUCUGAGAUGGGUUUUACCGGUGAGGUGGUUGUCACCAGUCACCUGGGACGCUUCUGUCUGGUCAUCGAUGCAGCAGGCCAAUAUCAGCUGGCGGCAGAUGAUCUGCCGAUGCUGUCCUGUGACUAUGUUGGACACAUUGAUGAAGACAACACCUAUGUCAGUGAUCGUCUGUCCGUUGAGUUUGCCCAGUUGCUCAACACCCGUGAAGGCGCGUUGCCUGAACUGGUGCUGCUGGCCCUUGAUGGGGGCUCAUCUGCCGAAAUUGUGUCAUAUCCAGACAGUCAGGCCAGCGCCGGGCAGUGGAAUGCGGCGGCGCUUGCGCAACUGGCUGAGAUUGGUCCGAAGGUCAGCGCCAGCGUCUGCAACGUGGCUGACGAAGCAGCGGUCGAGGCCGCGUUUGCUAAAACCCUUGCUGAUCAUGGCCGUGUAGACGGUUGUUUUGCUAAUGCCGGCGUUGGCGGCCGUGGUACGGGUUUUGAUGACAUGACCCUGGAGGAGUGGGAACACGUCAUCAGCGUCAAUCAGACCGGCGUGUUUUUUACUUUCCGGGCGGCUGCAAAACAUAUGCGCGAACGCGCGGAGCAGGGUGAUGGGUUUGGUCGGCUGGUGGGCACGGCAAGUCUUGCCGCCAUAUCGGGGCAGGCUCGGGGUGAGCAUUAUGCGGCGGCCAAAGGGGGUCUUAUUUCCAUGAUCAAAGCGCUGGCGGUUGAGUACGCCCGCUAUAACGUCACCGCCCACACGCUGCUGCCGGGUUGGAUUGAAACGGACAUGACACAGAGCGCGUUUGAUAAUCCGAAAUUUGUCACCAAUGUGAGCAAACGGAUUCCCGCCAGGCGUUGGGGUGUGCCGGAAGAUUUUGCUGCCAUUGCUAUCUAUAUUAUGAGCACUGCCAGUGCCUACCACACAGCGGCGGUUGUGCAACGAUUCAGUCGAAGUCUGAGCCUGGUACUGCUGGCGUUGGUCAGCUUGUCUGGUUGUGGUGGUAAACAGGAGUCGCGGACAACGUUUUCCAUCGCCACAGGUGGCACGGCGGGGCUGUACUAUCCGUUUGGGGGUGGCAUGGCGUCGCUGUGGUCAGAACACCUGCCGCAUGUGAAUGUUAAAGCUGAAGUGACCGGUGGUUCUGUCACCAACGUUGUCCAGGUUGCCCGACAGGAAAGCGAAUUCGGUCUUGCCAUGGCUGAUGUGGUGACCGAUGCCUAUCUCGGCCAGGGGCGCUUCCCCGAACCCUUACCGCUGCGGGUGCUGGUCAAUGCUUAUCCGAAUAUUGUGCACAUACUGACCCUUGCCGAUAGCGGCGUAACAUCGGUUGCCGAACUGCGCGGGAAGCGCGUCUCGUUGGGCGCGUCUGGUUCUGGUACGGCUAUCGCAGCAGAAAACGUUGUCACUGGCCUCGGUGUCGCGUUGGAGGAGCUGGCAGCGGCCUAUCUGAACUUUGGCGAAACAACGUCUGCAUUAAAGGAUGGCACCAUUGAUGCGGGUUUUGUGGUGGGCGGCCUGGGUCUGGCAGCGGUGACCGAACUGGCGGUUACGCGCAACCUUGUGUUAGUGCCACUGACGGACGCAGACCUUGUGACUCUGCAAAAAAAGUUUCCGGCUUAUGCGGGAUAUGAGAUACCCGCGGAUACCUACAAUGGCAUCUCAGAGCCGGUGCAGGCGCUGGGUAUCUGGAGCGCGGUUGUGGUUCAUGAGUCGAUGUCCGAAGCCCUCGCCUACAGCCUGACCUGUACCCUGUUUGCACACAAACAGGUGCUGUUAGGGGUCUCGCCGGUGGCUGAAGAUAUGAGCGUGGCCAAUCUUACGAAGCUGGCGGCAGUGCCGUUGCAUCCGGGCACGCUGAGGUAUCUGCAGGCCGUGCAGGGCAGCACUCCGGAGCAGGUGGACUGCCUGGCCGCUGACGGAUGGCGUCUGUUAGAUCUGCUGGUGAUUGCUGGCUUGUUGUGGUCUUCCUAUCGAGUGGUGCAGUUUGACUAUCAGGGCCUGGAUCACCUGUUGUACGGCUUGUCCUGGCCUGACUAUCUGGCGGGUCUGUUGUUGCUCGCCGCCACCCUGGAAAUGGCUCGACGUGCGGUGGGUGCGGUGAUGAUGGUGGUUGGACUGACGUUCAUCCUCUAUGCCGCGUUUGGCAACUAUCUCCCGGACGUGCUGGCAACACGCGGCUUCAGCUUCGAGCGUAUAGUCCGUUUCCAGGUGUACACCGGCGCAGGUCUGUUUGGUGCACCUCUCGGGAUAGCUGCAGGCGCGGUUUUCAGUUUUGUUCUAUUUGGCGCGUUUCUGCAGGUUACCGGUGCCGGUCAGUUUCUGAUCAAUCUGUCUUUUGCCGCAGCCGGUCGCUAUCGUGGCGGUCCAGCAAAGGCCAGUGUCAUUGCUUCAGCGGCGAUGGGUUCCAUUUCCGGUAGCGCCAUAGCCAAUACGGUGACCACCGGGUCGCUGACCAUCCCCAUGAUGAAACAGUUAGGCUAUAAACCCGAAGAGGCUGCGGGUAUCGAAGCAGCGGCGUCCACCGGCGGGCAGAUCAUGCCGCCGAUUAUGGGGGCGGGUGCUUUUGUUAUGGCCGAGUUCACCAAAACCCCAUAUGGCGACAUUGUCUGGAUGUCUUUACUGCCCGCGCUGCUGUAUUUCACCUCGGUGUUGUUGUACGUACAUAUCAUGGCUGUCAAAGGCGGCUUUACCGGUAUGAAGAAUCCCGCCGGGGCCUGGCGGGUUCUGCGUGAUGGUCUGCAUUUCCUUUUACCGCUGGUAUUGAUCACUCUGUUACUGCUGAACAAUUAUUCGCCGGUGCUGGUGGGCGUAUCAGGUUGUGCCGCGGUUGUGCUGGCAAGCUUGUUGCGUCGGCAUACGCGGGUAGGCCUGCCUGAAAUUGCCGAUGCGCUGCACAACGGUGCACGUAUGGCAGUGCCUAUUUCUGUGGCCUGUGCCGUUGCUGGGAUUGUGGUGGGUACCAUCGGGCAAACCGGUAUCGGCCUGCAAUUCACCGAGUCCGUAGUUGGCAUGAGCAAUGGGCAACUCUGGCUGGCAUUGAUUCUGGUUGCUCUGGCCGCGCUUGUGCUGGGUAUGGGCCUGCCUGCCACCGCCGCUUAUAUCGUACUGGCGGUGAUGACGGCGCCUGCAUUGCAGGAACUGGGACUGGCGUUGAUCACUGCGCACAUGAUUAUUUUCUGGCUAUCGCAAACCUCCAAUGUCACACCGCCAAUCGCGCUGGCUGCUUUUGCCGGCGCCGGUAUCGCCGGCGCAGCCCCCAUGCGUGCAGCGGUAGAGGCUUUCAAACUGGCCAGUGGUUUGUUUGUGAUCCCGUUGAUGAUGGCGUUUUCGCCGUUACUGCUCACCCCGGAGCGGAGCUGGGCAGAUGUUUUGCCCGCGGCGGGUUUAACCCUUUGUAUGGUGCUAGGCAUUGCAAUGGCCGUUGAGGGUUACCUGUUUGUACGCCUGCGCAGGUAUCUGGUUUUGCUCAGUGCGUUCAGUGUGGUUUUGAUGCUGUGGCCAUCGGUGCCCACCCGCAGUAUGGGGGCAGCGCUUUGUCUAUUGGUUGUCGCCGCAAAUUAUCUUGGCAGCCGCACAGCAGAAACGAUUUAA